AUGGAGCAAAGCCCCUCUCUCACCCUGCUGCUGCUGCUACUGGGCCUCUCUCAGGCCAACCCUCUCAUGGAGGAUGGAAGUGGACCAGAGAUCCUACCAGACAACUCUGAGGCUGUCGACAUCACUGAGAGAAUUCUGACCACUAAUAACGGCUCCAGUCAGUUCCUGUUGGAGGGGGACAUGGUGGCACCAACAACCAGAAACGCCAUGGUUUGCUAUAGUGCAGGGUGCUUCUGGAAAAAAGGCUCUGACGGACUGGUUGAAGUGCCCUACACAGUGAGCAGUAGCUUCAGUUCCUCUGACAAGCAGGGCAUUGAAAAUGCCCUCCGGGCCUUCCCUUCCAAGACCUGCAUUCGCUUCGUGCCUCGGCAGAAUCAGGUUGACUUCAUCAGCUACGAGCCCAGAGACGGGUGCUGGUCCUCUCUUGGGAGAGUGGGAGGCCAACAGACGGUCUCUCUCCAAAUGGACGGGUGUGUUUAUUUCGGGAUCAUUCAGCACGAGACUCUCCACGCUCUGGGCUUCCAACACGAACAAACCAGGAGCGACCGUGACGAGUACGUCACCAUCAACUGGAGUAACAUCGACUCUAACAGUGCCUACAACUUUGAUAGAUCAAACACCAACAACCUGAACACUCCCUAUGACUACAGCUCUGUCAUGCACUAUGGAAAAACAGCCUUCUCUGUCAACGGGAUGGACACCAUCACCCCCAUCCCCAACCCCAACGUGCCCAUCGGCCAGAGACAGGGGUUGUCCACCACGGACAUCCUGAGGAUCAACAGACUCUACGGCUGCUGAGAUGAAGGCAUCAAGUCACAGGAGAAAAGUCUGGAAAAGCCCAGAUGAAGGAAGUCAAGUCUGACAUAUAUAAUGUUAUCUUAUUGAUUUAAAAUCAUUGUUGAGUUGUAACUUUUAAAAAUGAUCAUUGCUGUAGUUGUGUAGUUCUCUAAUUAUUUUAAUCAUAUGACUUAAUUAAUUAUCUAAAAUAAACAAGAUUGAAAGCA